AUGCCACAAUUCGGCGCAACGUUCGUUCCUGGAGGGUUCGACGACUAUUACAUGCCCGAGGUCGUUGCACCUUCGCCUCAGCGUGUGACGCCCCAAGUCCCCCAGAACAUGCAAAACGACCUUCAGCGUAUGGAACUUGAAGCCCGCGAAGUCGAUCCGAACCGAACCUCGUCCAGCAUCACCAACCGCCACGGCCGAGAGCCGUCGCUAUCCUCGGUCCUCAAGCCCCCCGUCCCUGGCGCGCCGACUUUGCCACCGAAAGGACACGCUGACCCGCCAACCGGUGCACCCUCAUCCGACUCCUACACAGCCUUCCACGAGAACAGCGCGAGCGGCAAUCACCACAAGAUGCGGCCCAGCGCGGCGCCCUCGUUCUCUCCCUUCCCCAAAGUCAAGGGCGACAACAUACCCCCGACCGACGAGGAAAAGGAGGAGAUCCUGUGGAACGCCCGCGAACAUGUCCUGCACUCUAACAACGUCUCCAUGCAGCUGUCGUGGGCCCGCGACACCUUGGCCUGGGCCGAGAUCGUCAUGGAGGCAAGAGCCAGAGACCCUGACAGCGGCCGCCAGACACCAAAGGUCGAGCACGAGUUGCGCGCCGACGCCAUCAACAUCGUCAACUACCUCGUGGGCCAAGAACAUCCCGAGGCACUCUUUAUGAAGGCAAAGUGGCUCGAGUUUGGCAAGUUUGGUUGCCGGCCAGACAAGCGAGAUGCGUACACAAAGUACCAGCGCGCCGCUGAGCUCGGUUACGCGCGUGCUGAGUACCGCCUGGGCAUGCUCUUUGAGAACUCGAACGAUUACAACAAGGCUGUUGAGCAUUACUACCUUGGCGUGCGACUCAAGGACUCGGCGGCUAUGUACCGCCUGGGUAUGAUGAAUCUCCUCGGUCAACACGGCCAUCCGAAAGACUACCAGCGUGGUUUGGACCUUAUCAGGGAAGCCGCAGACCUUUCGGACGAGGACGCGCCCCAGGGCUCCUAUGUUUACGGAAUGCUCCUUGCCAAGGACCUUCCCGACAUUGACGUCCCCGAAGCACUACUGCCCGCCGACUUGACGCUGGCCAAGAUGUACAUUGAGAAGGCUGCCUACCUCGGAUUUGCCAAGGCCCAGUUGAAGAUUGGCCAGGCUUACGAGCUCUGCCAGCUUGGGUGCGACUUCAACCCUGCUUACUCGCUCCACUACUACGGCCUCGCCGCCCAGCAAGGCCAGCCCGAGGCAUCGCUUGGUGUCAGUCGAUGGUUUCUGUUCGGAUACGAGGGUAUUUUCAACAAGAACGAGCAGCUUGCGUUCAAGUACGCUCAGGAUGCAGCCAACGCAAAGUUGCCAACGGGCGAGUUCGCCAUGGGCUACUACUACGAGAUUGGCGUAUACGUACCUAAGGACUUGCGUCAAGCCCGGUUCUGGUACGAGGCUGCCGCUGACCACGGCAACAAGGAUGCCAGAGGCCGACUUGAUGCUUUGGAUCACGAGAAGAGCCUAACCAAGGCCGACCACGAGACUACAACACUCACGAGAAUCAAGUCGCAGCAUGGGUCCCAGCGUGGCAGGCGACCCGACCGCUUCAAGGCGCAGCCAACCACUAUGGCCACUGUUUCGGAGAGCGCGCCGGUCACUCCCACCGACGCACACCCCGGGUAUCCGGGUGGUUCGGCCAGAACGUCACCUCACCCGUCUCCGAGAGUACACCCCUCACCCGGGCAAGACCACGUUGACUAUCCCGACCCAGCCCGGCCCAAUAGUAUGGGCAACAGGCCAUCCGCGUUCACUGUCAACCUUGAUUCCAACUUGGCAAUCCGCCCCAAGUCGGCCGCUCCUUACCCCGAAGACGACCGGCCCGCGCCGCUUAACCUCAACAGACCGAAGUCGACGGCCCCUUACCCUGAUGACGACCUCCAUGGUCGGGGCCCUGGACCUCAGUUGUCUCCCCACUACAACACUGGCGGCCGCCCUCCCGCCGGCCCCCACUCGGAUCGACCCGGAAGCGCUUUUGGGAUCCGUACCGGGCCUGGCGGCCCUCCGGGGCCCCCAGGCAACGUUCGUGCUUCGCAGUCGAUGGGCAACAUGAUUCCCCCCGCCGGCUCAGACCCGCGCGCUCGUGUGCCAGUCGGACCGCCUUCCGGAUAUCGCCAGCCCAGCCCAGGACCCGCAGCCCGGCCGUCCACGACACAGCCAUACCCCAUAUCAGGCGGCCUUCCCCCCAACCCUGCCACAAAUAGGCUUACCAAGCAGAACCCGUACGCUAACCCUCAACCCUCACCGCCAUUCCAGCAAGGGAACUACGGACCGGGCGAUUACGGCCAGCCUGCACCGCUGCCGUCGCAGCCUGGAGGUUUUGGCCCGAGGACAUCAUCUAUCCCGCCCGAGCAGCACGGAGGGUACGGCAGAGGCGGUGGAGCGGCACCUCAGCGCAUCGACUCGAUGCCGCUUAGCCCUUCUGGCCAGUCGCGUCCUCCCCAAGCUGGUACCGGGCCGGCUGGUGCGCCUAGGCCUUUUCCAAACCGGCCAGACCUUGCGGAGCAGCCUGGUCGCACAGGCAGUGCGCCGCCGUCAUCGCAGCCGCGACCACAGCAGAAGCCUAGCCCUGCUCCCAGCGCCCAAACGGUGCCUCCUCCGAAGAAACAAGCGGCAGGCCAAGGACCUUCGACGUUCGAGGAGAUGGGUAUUCCCAAGGGCAAGGAUGAUUCGGACUGCAUCGUGAUGUAA